AUGGAUUAUUAAACUAAAUCAAGGGUCUCAAUUGACAUUUUAAGCAGUUUUACUUAAGAGAAAUUGUAAAAAGUGGUUAUAACUAAUAUAAUAAAUAAAUGCCACUAAAAGUUUGAUAUUGAUAGCGGUCUUGUAUUAAAAUAAUCCACCAUUACUAAUUUAAAUAAGGAUUUACUCUAAGAAAUUAAUUAUACUUAUUAAUAAGAUGAUAUAUUGAGUUUAAUCUACCCUAUGAUAAUUAAUAAUCAUACUAUAUAAGUGGUCGUAAAUUUGUAAAAUGAUGGAAUCUACGAAAGAGUUACAAAAUAAUAAGAGUUAUUCAGAGGAGAAGAGUAUUAUGUUGGGUUACCAGCAGGACAAAACAAAUGA